AUGAAACCGCUACAACUGUCCAAUGAAAAUUUAUCUGAAUUUGUGCAGUCAAAUACGUUGGAGUCUGAUUCAGGAGAUUGUUUUGGUGUAAAUGUUUACGAGUUUCAAGAAGGAGAAGAUCUUUAUGGUCCCCGUGCACGUGGUUAUCAAAAACCUAAACAUAUGUGGAUGGCCAAAGACCAAGCCCUAACGAAUAAUAAGUCAAACAGUCCAACUCCAGCGACAACUCUAGAUUUUGGAAGUGAUUGUUGCACCACUCAGAAUGGUUGCACUUCUGUUCCUUCUGGUAAUUUGAGAUGUCCAUCACCAAAUAAUAUGACGUACACCAUGGGUUCCCCAUCAACAUCUGGUAGUAUCCAGGGCCUUUCAACAGCUCUAUCGUCUUGUACCAACACAAGCAAUAGUUUAUGUAGUCAUACCUCUCCAGUUAUCGGUUUAAAUAUGGCUGAAGUCACUAGCACAUUUGAGAGCCCUACUUUCAUUGAAGGAAAAAAUGAAAAAAGUGCACUGCUCACUUGUGAAAUAAACUCUGUGAUUAAAAAAUCUAAAUCCAGUGUCAAGCUAACUACCAAAAAACGAACUACCGGAAAAUAUUCCCUAAAGAAAUUUGAAUCUAGCAGUAAUACUAAUUCAUCUGUACCUGAUACCAGUAAAGUUCAAUCAUCAAAUAAUAAACAGUCUUAUUCUCACAGGCAUCGACAACCUCGUUCUCGCAACAAUCGAAAGUCUAAACGAAAUUCUGUAAGUGAAUCAUCGUUGACUUCGUUUUAUCCAACCCAAACUCCUAAUUUGUCAACAGAUAACCACCUGUCUUUAUCACCCAGUUUGACUAUGACGGAACAGAUAAGCCAAGAAUCUCCUAUACAAGCACCUAUGUAUUCCAAAGGUUUAACUUCAUCGUCUUUCGUUUCUGGCGGACUGAAAAUUCGACUUCGUCGGGACUCAGCUAUAGAUUUCAAUAUUGGGAAAGGUAAACGAGCUAAAAGUAAAACGGCUCCUGCAACAUUUCGUAUUGUAGAGUCGUGGUGUGAUGCAGAUGCUCCAGGAGGAGACUUUACCAGAAGGGCCAGGGCAGUUACCAGUAAUUCUACUUCCCCUACAUUUAGUCUGGUCUCAGGGGGAUUACGUGUUGGUGAUAUAGUAUGGGCUAAACUUGCUGGCUAUCCGUAUUGGCCAUCCCAGGUUAACGCUAUCUGGGCUCGCACUGCCCAUCAGCUUUCUCAAGCCACUCUACUUCCAACUUCACAGUCAUUGGACGGCAAUGCGUCAUCUUUGGCUGUUCUUGCGACUCCUUCAGAUCCAAGUUUGGCGGCUGGAUAUACUGCUCGCGUUGACUGGCUUGCUUGGGAUCAGUGUUCUUAUUUAAGCUGUGCUAAGUUGUACCCUUUUAAAGAGUCUUUUGACAAACUUUAUAAUCCACGUACCCGGGUAAAAGGAUACGCAGAAGCUGUGCGCCUUGCGAAGCAAAUUGUGAAUGGGACCUAUAUUCCCAAUGAAAAUUUGGAUUCUCAGUUGUCGUGUAUGUCUCCACAAAAUAAAUCUCAUUCAUCAUUGUCUGGUCAGAUUUCGGCGCCACCUAGUACUGAUAGCCAGUGGUCAUCUAUGACAACUCUUUCAUCUUCCCUAGAAAUUCCGACUACAGGUACUAGUAAUCAAACUUCUCGUGAAUUAAUGGACAAACACACCAUACUAUUGCCAUCUGAAUUACCACCAGAUCCCUAUAUAUCAUCACAAUUAAGUCCAUCUCCCCAUUCAGUCACGAACCUCUACUCUGGUGAGGGAUUAGUGAGAACUUCAGACGCAUUUUCAUCUACAUCUAAUAACUCAUGCCUUCUAAUUGGUGAUAAAAGCCUGGAACUGCCUGAAUUGGACAAUAUGGCAUUGUGGGCUCCUCUUCCCCAAUUAGAUGUUUCAGGUCUUGGUGUUUUCCAUGUUCCGACCUUUUCAGAAGAUGAGGAAGAAUUGGAUCAAUCCAUUGUGAACCAGCUGCACUUAGAUUUCGGUUCAUGUCUGCAAUAA